UUUUUCCUAAUAGAUCUAGUAUUUUUAUCUUCGACCUUGUAGUCUUGUAGAUUUUUCCUAAAAAUCCAACAAAUCUUGUAGUUUUCAUUCAAAGGAAAAAAUGCGAUAAUGUUUCAUGUUUUUUGCUUACUAAUUACGUCUACCUAAGUAUACCCUUAUAUGAAUCUCAUACUCCUCGUUUUUUCUAAUGAAGAACAGUGAGACGCGUCUCGUUCGCGUUCAGUAGUCAGUAAGGGAGUCCCUCGUAGCAAGUACCGGACGAGAGCUGAACUGGGUUCUUAUUCCAACUUCCCUCAGUUUGGUGAAGAUCGUGGUCUUAAACAGGCAUAGUGAUAAGUGACAACAAUGAGAUCAUUGCCAGACGGAAGUGGAGGGAGAAGAGACAAUUAACUGGACGAAGGAAAAACAUGCAAGAAUGAAUGAAGAAUAUAGGCAAGAUUUGGACAACAGCUGCCAUGACGUGUAGGAUCUAGACAGCUCACCAGUGGAGGCUCACUAAAAGUCCUCACUUGUGUAACCUUUUGUGAAGGAUGAAGGUGGUCAUAUUUGGCGCCACGGGGAACACUGGCCUGUGCUGUACCCAGGCUGCUCUCAAACUUGGUGAAUAGAAGGACCAGAUAACUGAACAAUGAUGCAUAACGUGGCACAAAACAUGCUACGUGCAGCAAGGUCAAGUUUGCGUCAGACUGCAUGGCAUAGGGUAUCAGCACGAGGACUUUGCUCAUCUAGUCCUGAUAUUGUAAUCGAGAAGCUCUCAGGUGACUGCGAAGGGAUAGCAGUGUUUGGUCUCAACCGUCCACAAGCUAAAAAUUCUAUAAGUAAGAAUUUACUGAAGGAGUUCAAGGAAGGCAUUGACAGUGUCCGUCAUGAUCGCAGUGUAAGGGUGGUGCUCCUACGUUCCUUGGUGCCUGGGGUGUUCUGUGCUGGGGCAGACCUAAAGGAACGUGCAAAAAUGAAACCAGAAGAAGUUGGCCCAUUUGUUACCAAGGCACGUGCAUGCAUUUCUGACCUUGAAAAUCUGCCCAUGCCGGUGAUUGUGGCUCUGGAUGGAGUAGCUUUGGGAGGAGGACUAGAGAUUGCCUUGGCCUGUGAUCUACGAGUGGCUGCUACUACUACAAAAAUGGGCCUUGUAGAAACCAAGUUAGCCAUUAUUCCAGGAGCUGGAGGAACUCAGAGGCUUCCACGUGUUGUAGGAAGUGCAAAGGCCAAAGAGUUAAUUUUUACUGCUGCCAUUGUUAAUGGUGAGGAAGGUGAAGAGAUUGGUUUGGUAAAUUAUGUUGUUCCACAGAAUGAUGCUGGAGAUGCAGCCUAUCUUAGAUCUCUUGAGGUGGCCAAGAAAAUAAUUCCCAAUGGGCCCAUUGGAGUGAAAAUGGCAAAAGUUGCCAUAUCACGUGGUAUGGAAGUUGAUCUUUCCACUGGCUUGUCCAUUGAAGAAGCUUGUUAUGCACAGGUGAUACCCACCAAAGAUAGGAUUGAAGGACUUACAGCCUUCAAGGAAAAGAGAACCCCUAAUUACAAAGGAGAAUAAGAAACCAAACAAGAUGUAAACAUUUUUUUUGUAAUUUUCCCAUUACUCAGUUGUGUUAUUGAUUAGGGUAUAUAUAUAUAUAUAUAUAUAUAUAUAUAUA